UACAUCACACAUAGACGAACAGGGGGGAUUGUCAACAUACCUGGACAGUGUCAGGAUUUCUUGCAGAUAGCCAUUGUUCGUGUUUGUGAUUUCUGAUCGCGUUGAUCACCGUGGAUAGUGUUGCUAGUUGUUUUGUACGUACAGAAUGAAAUUGACAAACAUAAUCAUCGUGUUGUAUGUGAUGUUGUUGUGUGGUUGUGGUGUUGGGGGUAUCAGUGACUAUGUGAGCAUGCUGACCCGGGGUCUACAUCCCCUCCCUGAUCUAUCCUCGGGGGUGAAGGAGUCAAUGGAGACCCUGAGACGGGCAGAUAUUACCCAAGUUGCCAGAAUGAUUCAGGAUUCCCAUGUGCUGCGUCCCCAGGGUGGGCUACUGACAGACCCCCAGGCCGUGGGAGCUAACGGUAACAUCUCCACAAAGUGCUCGGACCAAACUGCCAAGGUAUUGGAAGCUUUGCUGGCUGGCGAACAAUGGGCAUUACAGAUGAUUGAUGCAGCAGGGAAGCCAGGCAGUAGACUACUUGAGUUGAACCUCAACUUCUUGGGAUCAUACGAUGAGUGUUUGGGGGUCAAAGCCACGGAGACAAUCAACAAUGUCACAGAACCGAUCUUCAAUGGGAAAUACUGCAGAGCCAGCAUCCCUCUUCAGCCCAGUUCCCAAAGUCCAGCUCCAGCUGCAAAUACUCCAUCAUUCUCUGACAUCACCAUUGGACUUUGCUUCCCCGACUCCUGUAGUGGCGAGGAUGUAACAUUGAUUCUCAAUGACAUGUUGGAUCUGGUGCUUGAGCAGCUGAACAUCACCACACAGUUCAAGGUCAAGCGCUCCGUGUGCCAGGAGGAGAACCUGGAGUGGGACACUAAAGCCAUCGCUGUCUUUGUGGUGGCAAUGGUGUUUGUUGCGCUAAUGGUGAUUGGCACAGUCUAUGACAUUGUCAUUAUCCAGCUUCCACGCUGGUACGUGUUGGCUGCUGAGGCAAAUGGUUUGUUGAAUGGAACUGACACUUACUCAGCACUGAACAUCAAGCAUAAACAAGAGGAGAAAACUCCCCUGAUUGGCGACAAAGGAAAACCAGAGAUUAGCCAGCCUCAACCAAGUCUUGGUGGCAAGAUCCUGUUAUCGUUUUCUGUGUACACCAAUGCCUCCAAGCUGCUGAGCACCAAACAGUCAGCUGGAAGUCUCACCGCCAUCAACGGUAUCCGCUUCCUCUCCAUGACAUGGGUAAUCCUGGGGCACACCUUGCUCUUUGGCCUGUCGAGUGUAGACAACUUCAUCAGCUACUUCCCGGAUGUCAUAAAGCGCUUCACGUUCCAGGCCAUUAUCAACUCUACAGUGUCUGUCGACUCCUUCUUCACUCUGAGUGGGCUGCUAGUGACAUUCCUGGUACUGAAAGAGAUGAGGCAGUCUGGUGGCAAGAUCAACUGGUUCAUGUUCUACUUCCACAGGUUCUGGAGACUGACGCCUCCAUACAUGUUGGUGCUGAUGGUGUACGUCCCACUCUUCCCCUACAUCAGUAACGGCCCUCUGUGGCCUCAACAGGGUAUUGAGAUCAACCAGUGCCGGAACUCAUGGUGGACCAACUUACUGUAUGUCAACAACCUGGUCAAUGUCAAGGAGAUGUGCAUGGGCUGGUCCUGGUAUCUGGCCAAUGACAUGCAGUUCUACAUCUUGUCGCCUCUCAUUUUUGUGCCGCUGUUCUUUUCUGGCAUCCUGGGCACGAUCGCUGUCUUGGCGUUCCUCUUGGCAGUCUUUAUCACGGCAGGGGUGUUAUCCAGGAUACACAACAUGUCCCCAUCAAUUACAGGGGGCUUCGGAGGAGGAGGAGGAGAGUAGGCUGAUGACCCCAUGGCAUACUUCUAUGACUACUACGUCACACCGUACUGCCGCAUGGGGCCAUAUAUCGUCGGCAUGGUAACCGGCUAUCUGUUGUACAGAACGGACUGCAAGAUCAGACUCAACAAGUGGCUUGUGCUGUUGGGCUGGUGUGUAGCAACAGCGUCAGCUCUGGCCGUGUUGUACGGCCUGUAUGAUUUUAACAACGGUCACCCAGUCUCCGUGGAUGUCGCAGCAUUCUACAACGCAGUUCAUAGGUCGGUCUGGGGCGCCUGUCUGUGCUGGGUCAUCUUCGCAUGUGCUACAGGUUACGGAGGUUUUGUGAACACUCUGUUGUCGUGGUCUGCUUUCGUCCCUCUGGGCCGCCUGACGUACUGCGCCUAUCUUGUACAUCCCAUCGUCAUGUACGUCUUCUUCUCCUCCCAGCAUACACUGCUCCACCUCUCAGACCUUAAUGUGGUUAUCUGGUUUCUGGGUCUCCUCGUCUGCUCCAAUAUGACUGCCUUCGUCGUGUCCCUGGCAUUCGAGUCCCCCAUGAUGGGGUUGGAGAAGGCAUUACUGAAGAAGGAGAAGAGCAGCUAAUGACAGCAGACGUGUCACCAUGGAAACCAGCCAUUGGUGAAACUUCUCUAGAAAUUAUAUGUAAAUCUUCUUCUGUAGCCUUUGACUGAAGAAUCUGUUAUCUAUGAUGACAAAGCUUUAAACUAGCAGAGGUAAUUUCUUGAUUUAAUAGGUUCUGUUUAAUUCGGCAUGUUUAAUUCGGCAUAUACAAGUGUCCACUCCUGUAGGUACAACUCCUACCUGACGUUAAGCUCCCAUCAUUUCAACGGACAGAUUCUUACAGCGUAAGACCGUUUUCAUGAAAUCUACAUGUGUUAUUGCCUUACUGGCUAUAGUGUGUUGGGAAUAAUCUGUGGAAAAUGUUUUAACCUGACCAAACUAUGAUUGCAAGGACUGCAAACCUGUAUGGACAUUUACUAGCGUGAUUGGAGGACAUUGAAGGUCAAGGUGUGAAAUUCAAUGUGUACACUACAGCUUAAAUUUUUACAAUUAUGCCUAAACCUUUAGGUGGCUGUCUGAAGGUGAAGGUCACAAAAGGUGACUUGAAAACAUAAUAUGUCUCAAAUAUCAGGGACUAUAUAUCAUGAUAUAUAUCAAAUUAUUUACCUAUUACUGAAGACUAAUUAUAGAACUAUCGUGGUUGUGUCAAAUGACAGGUUCAAUUUGAAGAUUAUUCACUCAUAAAUUGUGGCUGGUGGCUGUUUGCACCAAAGACACAUGAGAUCAUAUAACAUGAGUCUUCUUGGUGGCAAUAUGGCCGAACAUGGCUUUCAAGGUCACAACAGAUCCUGGUA